UAGAAGAUGAGCUAGUAGAAGAUGAGCAACUAGAAGAUGAGCUAGUAGAAGAAGAGCAACUAGAAGAUGAGCAAGUAGAAGAUGACCAAUUAGAAGAAGAGCUAGUAGAAGAUGACCAAUUAGAAGAUGAGCUAGUAGUAGAUGACCAAUUAGAAGAUGAGCUAGUAGAAGAUGAGCAACCAGAAGAUGAGCUAGUAGAAGAUGACCAAUUAGAAGAUGAGCUAGUAGAAGAUGAGCAACUAGAAGAUGAGCUAGUAGAAGAAGAGCAACUAGAAGAUGAGCAAGUAGAAGAUGACCAAUUAG